AUGUCGACCAGAACUGCCAAGAGCCGCUCGCGGCAGAAAUCAUGCACGAUCUGUGCGGAAGGCAAGCGCCGUUGCAAUCGCCAAACUCCGCAGUGCUCGCGAUGCUCAGAGCGCGGCUUAAGAUGCACAUACCUCAACUCGCCUCGGAUGAAGACCCGGCCCUCCACAGUAGACUCCGCAAGUCCGCUGUCAGAUAUCCGAUCGGAUAUGGACACUGAUUUUGAGAUCUCCUUUGCUCGGGUUUCUUCCCACCCCGAUAUGUGGACUGACUCAUCCACGCUUGCGGCGUCGCGACAUUUUGACAGAUCCCCAUCCUUGCCCACCAUGCCGAAUUUCUGCCCAGCUAUCUUCUUCCCCGAUAUUGUUCGUCCAGAUCAGUGGUCAACAGAGAAACUUCUUCGGAACAUCAACUCAUUUCCGGAAUUGUUUGCUCGAUCAGGGGCAACGCCAUUCCUGCAUCCUCAGCUAUACGGAUCUGACAUGCCCACUGCCAUGCAGGACGCUUUCGCGGUCACAGCGGCGUAUUUUUCAAGGACUCCAGAGACCGAAGCCUUGACAGUACGAGUCCUCGAGAACAAGUCCAAGUCCCUGAUGAAACAACUGCAAAAAAUCUCAUCUCUCAGAGAGCUUCUCGCCUCGGUCCAAGCGUUGCUCAUCUUCCAAAUCAUUCAACUGUUCCAGGGUACCUCACGCCAACGCAACCUAGCCGAGCAGGAUAUGGAGAUGCUACGGAGCUGGACCACGCGUUUGCAGAUUCAGGGCGAGGACCUAGUCAACCCAAACACUUGGCAGGACUGGAUCUUUCUUGAAAGCAUUCGUCGGACUGUGAUCAUCUCGGUCCUGCUCGAUAGUCUUUACUGGUCGCUCAAGUUCGGCCAUUGCACCCAGGCGAAGAUUCUCAGCAUGCUCCCCGUCACACCUGUGUCUGAGUUAUGGGAGUGUCCCACAAGCACGGACUGGCCGGGCAGUAUACCGACGAGGUCACAAACGCUUCUGUAUGGUGACUUCUCGAUGGCAUGGAAAGAAGGACGAGUGACAGGGGAGUUGGACGAAUUUCAGAAAUUUUUGCUGGUUCCAUGUGUGGGUGCGAACUACAAGGACCUCCUCGCAGAUUGA